CGUAGUAGUUAGGGAAGAGUUAAGUCAUAUCUGGUAAUAAUUCGACUAACCAGACCAGUCAUAUGGAUGGAUUUAGUACCAAAAUACAUACCCACAAGUCAUUUACAUAUCUCCUUAAAUAACAACCCCACAACUGUAGUGCUAUACAUCCCCAUAUUUAAUAAACAUUCGUUCGUAAGGUCACCUUAAUAACGAAGCAGUCAUUCAAACUCCAGAGAAAGAAUGAAGUCUUAAUUACAACCUUUUGCCACUUUUUUAAUCAAGUCAUGUGUGUCUUUUUUACAUAAUUUUUACGACCCCGUCGUCCUCAAUCCCUUGACAGAUUAUCCCCUAUGAAAGAAUACAUCGAGAUGGAUAGUACUCCUUCGACGUCAAAAAAAUCAAGGGGUUCCUCUCCCUUAUCAAAAAAGGGGGGUGGGGGAGAGUCGUCCUUCGUAAAAUCUAAGGACCCCGAGUUAUUCGGGGAGAAAAAAGUGAUUCGACGCAACUUUGAGUUGAGGGCGAUAACUUCGCGGUCCAUUUCGCACGGGUGGGUAUAUCUUCCAGUGAUUUUCUACUUUAGCGUGCUCGUUGGCGGUAUAAUGACUUCGAUCGGGGUGGGAAAUGUCUUCGCAGCGUUUGAUUACUAUUGUAUUUUCAAUGCAAAUUUUACCCUGAUAAUUAACACGGGACAUAAUGGGCGCUGGAGCUUGGAGGAUUUUAAGCUCAAUUCGUGGGGGAAUAAGAAUGAUUGUUUGUUUGCGGAAUAUGGGUCGGUCGCCUUGGCUCUCUUUAGUGGGGUGUGGAUCGUCAUGGUUUUGCAGUGUGGGAGGGGAGGCGCGUCAAGGAGGGGUUUUCGCUUGCCGGACGCGUGGCGAAUCGUGCCCCCGACAUGUUUGGGAAACACGGUACUUUUUAUCGUGUCAUGUUUCAUCCUCAGCAAUGUGUCGACGGGAUGGGAAUCAUUCUGUGAGAACUCGUUGCUUUCAAUUGAUGGCAAAUAUGAGAAGCUUGGGGACACUAAUUUGAGUUGCAAUGACGUCCUGAGUUUCACCUAUAAGCCGAAGGAUGUCAAGUUACGGACGUAUAUUGAGCAUACAGAUCUCUUAAAAGAAUUUAGGACUGCGUUGGUCGGAGCUAACGUCCAAUUCAUCGGAUGUCUCCUCGGUUUCCUAAUUAUCAUUCUGCGAUGUUGCACCGGACCAGAUUUUGACCUUUACGAACGUCGCGACGUUGUAUACGUUCCGGCAAACACGAACGAGGAUGAAGAAUCUGGUCGACAAAAUGCGCUAAUGAUUCCAGAAGAAAAUGACGACGACGACGAUGAUGACGAUGAAGACGACGAUUCUCCUCCCAGUACCGCUACCACAACUACAGUGAUAUGUCACCCCCACGCUCAAACAAGACCCACUCCCCCAACAAUUCCUAUGGACGAAGAGAGUGACGAAAAUUCCUCCCUGAAAUCAACAUCGGGCUUAAUUGUGAACUGAUUUUAAAAUUAAGAUGACUAAAUAUUUUUAAAAGACUGAUUUCAUCCACUUGUUCAAUCAAAGUGCUAAUAAUAUUAUAAUUUAACAUUUUUAACGCUUCUUGUAAUCUGUUUUUAUUUAUGUAACGUACAGCAGUAAUUAAUGACAAAAAUUAUUUAAUUAUUAUUGUUAUCAAUAAUUAUGACAGUAAUAAUAUUAAAUAAACCAUUUCAUUAUUAAAUAAUACACAAGAGUGAAUAGAAUUAUGAUUUCCAGUCUCGUCAUAAAAUUUAGUUUGCCAUACAAAAAUUUAAAAUAAUUUACAUUUCAAAUCACAGAUCACAUUAAAUUAAGUAAAUAUCCAUUUAUAUAAUCAGUGGCCGCGGAAGGGUGUGGACAGAGGGAC